GAAAUACGCUGCAUUAUGACAACGUUUUAGUAGAAAAUAUCUUGACCAAACUGAGUUUACAGUCUACAUUUAUGAUUAACGUUGGGCUGCUAGUGAAGGGAAAUGCGCUGUUACUAAUGUGCCGUGGUUAUGCAGAGAAUCAGUCGUCUGAAGCGGGAGCUGCAGCUUCUCAGCGCUGAACCUCCUCCAGGAGUGUCCUGCUGGCAGACUGAGGGACGGGUGGACGAACUACAGGCCCAGAUUGUUGGAGGUGCAAACACUCCCUAUGAAGGAGGCGUGUUCACACUGGAAAUCAACAUACCUGAGAGGUAUCCAUUUGAGCCUCCAAAGAUGCGUUUCCUGACGCCCAUCUAUCACCCCAACAUCGAUAAUGCAGGACGCAUUUGUCUUGAUGCUCUGAAACUGCCACCAAAGGGAGCUUGGAGGCCAGCACUCAAUAUUUCAACACUGCUCAGCUCCAUACAGUUACUGAUGGCCGAACCGAACCCUGACGACCCACUCAUGGCUGAUAUAUCCUCAGAAUUUAAAUACAACAAACCACUAUAUCUAGAGAAGGCAAAGAAAUGGACGGCAGAACAUGCAGUUCAGAAGAACAAGGGUUGUGUGGAGGCCGAAGAAAAGACUCCCGAGAAUAAAAAUAAGAAAACUGCACACAAGAGAGAGGCACUUAGUGCACAGGAGAAUUUAGAGCACACCAAGAAAGUAUGCAUGUAGUAGGCCAAUAUUUUACAAAUUACUGAUUUUAAGUUUAUUAUACAAAUCAUUUCUUUGUGGUAUUUUUUUUUUUUUCUUGUUUACAGUUGGUGAUAUG